UACAGAUCUACUUUCAAAUGUAGACAGUAAAAGUAAAGAGUCGUCCGGGGGAAAUACUUAAGUAAAACGUGUACGUGUACGUGAAAAACGUAGGGACGUAUUUGUACGUCGUUAUCUCCCGCCAGUAGGGAGCAGUGACGUCAGCGGCUCCAGGUUAGCCUAUCAAGCUCCGUUGCUCCGCUCCAGCGAUGCCCACAAGGCACACGUCCCGUCCGGCGCGCGGGAUCCACCCACGUAAGACAACCGACUUCUCUCCUGCGGGCUUCUUUCCUUCGCACCACCCUCCACCUGCUCGCAUCCGCGGCGCCCCUCGCCAUGUCGUCGGCUAUCACCGAGACGGAGGAAUCGGCGCGAAGCUCCCCGCUCACACCGCUCAAGCUGGUCGGGCUGGUGUGCGUCUUCCUGGCGCUGUGCCUGGACGUGGGCGCCGUGAUGAGCCCCGCGUGGGUGACAGCUGACGACCAGUACUACCUGUCCCUGUGGGAGUCCUGCUGGAAGCCGACGAGCAUCGACAAGUGGCAGUGCAACACCACGUUGAGCUCAGACUGGCAGGUUGCCACACUGACGCUGUUGCUAGGAGGCGGAGCCCUGGUGCUGACGUCAUUCCUGGUGGCUCUGGUGGCCGUGUGCAUCGGCACCAGACGGCGAUUCUCCAGGCCUGUCGCUUUCAUGCUUUUCGCUACAGUGGUCCUGCAGGCAUGCUGUUUGGUGCUCUACCCCAUCAAGUUCAUCGAGAGCAUCAACCUGAAGAUUUACCACGAGUUCAACUGGGGCUACGGCCUGGCCUGGGGCGGGACAAUCUUCGCUUUCGGCGGGGGCAUCCUCUACUGCCUCAACCCCAAGAGCUACGAGACGUACUACUAGCCCCCUCUCCCCCACUUCAGCCUUUUGAAAGAGGCCUUCAGGAGAGCGGGAGAUGCGAUGGGGGGUGUGGGGGGGGGGGUGCAUACGACUCACUCAUUUGCCAAAAGCUCUUAGGGAUUGUUGUGCACAAGUUUACACUGUAGCCUCCAUUCUGUCAUGACAUAAAAGUACGGUCGUGAUGGCGCCGGUGGAGAGCCGAGCCUUCGGAAGGAUGAUAAGCACGCGACUUAUCUUCCAACAAAUCCUCUCGCUGACCUGGAAUAUAAUCAACAUCAGAAAAGGUCAACCAUAAUUCAUAAUAAGAAUAAUAAUAAUUAAUAGUCAUCACUACAUUCUCAUCCUCGUCAUCGUCAUAAAUGGACUCAAAACUUGCAGGAGAUUCCUCUCGGCCAAUCUGUUAUCUCAACGAUUGACUGGUGGUGCAGUCACUGGAGCGACCCUCUAGGUGAGGGGUGUCAAACUAAUUUUUGUCGCGGGCCACUUUGGAGUGACGUCUUCCUUCAGAGGGCCAACAGUGAAACCA